AUGAGCCUGAGCCUUACUAGCCACCUUCCUGCACUGUGCGGCCGCCGUGCUUCCUUCAGAGUUAACAAAAGUAGGAUUAUAAUCAGAAACGCGGCUUAUGAGCAUUAUGCUAACAAGUUUUUGUUGAGAAAAACAAAUAUGGUAGAGGAAGCUGGUGGCACAGUUUCUCGGAUGGAUGGAGGAAAAUUUUGUGUUUUUGAUAGAUCUGUUUUGGUUUCAAACGGUGUGCUCCAUGGAAAGCUUCUGGACAAAAUUGGACCUGCGACUGAAGAAUUAAAAGGCAAGGGAAUUGAUUUCUCAUUAUGGUACAAACCUGAGGAUUACACGACUGACUUUUAA